GCAGGCCCCGCCCCUCCACUUCCGGUCCCGCCGCCGGGAGCCGGUUCGGCUGUGAGGGCUGGAGCUUCUUGCUGCCGCCGCUCGUCGGGCAUGGUGUUGGAUGCCGGCCCGCCUCGCCUGACUCGCGGUGCUCAGAAGAAAGGUGGCAGUAAUGCUAACGCUGGCAAGCAAGCUGAAGCGGGAUGAUGGUCUCAAAGGAUCCCGAACAUCAGCCUCCACAUCUGACUCUACGCGACGGGUCUCUGUGAGAGACAAGUUACUUGUAAAAGAGGUUGCAGAACUUGAAGCUAAUUUACCCUGUACAUGUAAAGUACACUUUCCUGAUCCAAACAAGCUUCAUUGCUUUCAGCUGACUGUCAGCCCAGAUGAGGGUUACUACCAGGGUGGAAAAUUUCAGUUUGAAACUGAAGUUCCUGAAGCCUACAACAUGGUGCCUCCCAGGGUGAAAUGCUUGACUAAAAUCUGGCAUCCCAAUAUCACAGAAACAGGGGAGAUAUGUCUAAGUUUACUAAGAGAACACUCAAUUGAUGGCACUGGCUGGGCUCCCACUAGGACAUUGAAGGAUGUUGUUUGGGGAUUAAACUCUUUAUUUACUGAUCUUUUGAAUUUUGAUGAUCCACUGAAUAUUGAAGCAGCAGAACAUCAUUUACGAGACAAGGAGGAUUUCCGGGACAAAGUGGAUGAAUACAUCAAACGCUAUGCCAGAUGAUAAGAGGGGAGAUUGCAGUUCUGAGGACUUUGUCACAGUUGUCUCUGAUGUGAAACAGCUAGAGGUAGCCCUCCUCCCCAUCCUCAUACUCCCUGUCAGCCCCUUGGGCUUGUCCCAGUCUUGCGACCUUGUCCUGAAGAAGACCAUCCUCCUGACUACACAAUACAGCAAGAAAGUGUCUGGGCCUCGAGAGCAUUGUCCGCUUCCCUUAAUGCUUCCUGAAACUGUCUAGGCUGUGGGUUCCUCCGAAGUUGUAAUGAACUCACCAUUGAGGAUAGCACUUGCUUCCCUUACCCCCAACAAAAUCGGUGUCCUGCACAAGUGAUGUAAUGACUUGUUUGGUGUGACUGGCAGAUUGGCAAUAAGAAACCCGCUAUAAACUGUGAUUGGAUGCACAUUCUCUUAGCUUCUUCCACGAAUGUUGGCCCUGCCUAGAUGUAAAGCUUCCCAGAAUGCAUAGUCAUUCACUGUAGAUCUUACUGAAAUGCGUAUUUUAUUUAAUGUAAGUAUAUUUUGGAACAGAUUUGUAAUUUGUACAAUUUGAUGCUUUAAUUAUUUUUUUCUAUUCUCAA